AUGAACCGGUCCAAUCUGACACGGGGCAACCGGGUCCAGACAAUGAUUCUCUAUGUGAAGCGCGGUUACGCUGGUAUUGAGGCUACGUGGUACAGAUUAAAGACAACGCAUUCUAACCGUGGACUUUUCAGUAUGAACUUUCGCAUAAAGCAGGCUGAAAAUGAGAAAAGAAUAUGUGGAAAACCUCAUAGCAGUGUGACGCGAAAGCUUACGUACCACAAGGCCACAAAGAGACGCCAAAAUUGA